CGCAACACAGAUCCCGCGCUGUCCGCGCCUGUGAAACAAACACAAACCAAAAAAAGCCCGGCUUCACUGGGAGACACGGCUCGCCUUCACUUUUUCGGGGACAGUAACACCAUGGAUGCCUUGCGAGCAGUCGCCUUCUACACGCUCUUCGUUUUCCUUUGGAGUUUACCGUGUUGCCAGUCAGCUGCGCUUCUGUCGCAGAAAAGGAACAAGGGUGCCAGGAGCGCGUAUGAUGGACAAAGGUCACCCAAAUUUCUUAAAGAGAUUUUCGCAUCCUCUCCGGGCGCGACUCGUCGGGAUGAUUUUUUAAAGGACCCGGUUGUGCCUCACGAUUACAUGAUCUCUAUAUACAGGACUUACUCCGCCGCUGAAAAACUGGGGCUCAAUGCAAGUUUUUUCCGCUCUUCAAAGUCUGCAAAUACCAUAACAAGUUUUGUAGACAGAGGAAAAGACGAUCUCACGCUCUCUCCUUUGCGAAGACAAACGUAUCUGUUUGAUGUCUCGACUCUCUCAGACAAAGAGGAGCUGGUCGGUGCUGAAUUAAGGAUAUUUCGAAAACCGCCCGGGGAUGUCCAACCGUCCCCAUCAGACGUCUACAAUCUUCAUUUACUCUCGUGUCGAUCAGAGAGGCCGUUGGCUUCCAGAUCCCUUGAUCUUCAGGAUUCCCGAAAAGCAGAAUGGGAGGUUUUGGACGUUUGGGGAAUUUUUAAAAACAGACACGAAGGGAAUCAGCUAUGUCUCCAGCUCCAGGUUACGCAUGGCAAAUCUGAGACCGAAAUCGACCUGAAGCAACUGGGUUUCCACCGGCACGGCCGAGCGCAGCAAGAGAAGGCCAUACUGGUGGUCUACACGCGGUCUAGGAAAAGAGAAAACUUGUUCAAUGAGAUGAAAGAGAAGAUCAAGUCUCGCGCAGACGACGAGGAGGAGGAGGAGAGCGCGCUGCAGUUCAAAGCGCGGCGCAGACGGAGAACUGCGCUCAAUAAUCGCCAUGGGAAACGGCAUGGCAAAAAGUCCAAAUCUCGGUGCAGCAAAAAGGCGCUGCAUGUCAAUUUCAAAGAGCUGGGAUGGGACGACUGGAUCAUCGCUCCGCUGGACUACGAAGCCUACCACUGCGAGGGCGUGUGCGACUUCCCGUUGAGGUCGCACCUGGAGCCGACCAACCACGCCAUCAUUCAGACGCUCAUGAACUCCAUGGACCCCAACAGCACGCCGCCGAGCUGUUGCGUCCCCACAAAACUCAGCCCUAUCAGUAUACUGUACAUAGACUCCGGCAACAACGUCGUGUACAAACAGUACGAGGACAUGGUGGUAGAACAGUGUGGCUGUAGGUAGCGAAUCACACACGAGGGCACAAAAGGCAUACGCAAACUUGAACGAUGCGUGCAGACGCGCUUGAGCCGCCCAAACUGCGCAUUCUCACCUAUGCAAAAGGGAUUCUUUAUCAGAGACGUAUUUGACGAUUUAAAUGAUCUCCACCGGCCACUUGUUCACGGUUGUGCCAAGAACGCGUGUACAGUUUCUCUAAUCUUGGAACAAAAUCUUGUUUUAGGAGGUUCGUCGUCAUUUUUACUUACACAUGCUGGGUUUCUUUUUGUAAUUACGUGUCCAAAAAACCCUAAAUAUUUCUUUAACGAGUCGACGAGGCAGGUAGAAGAAACGCCAGAUUUAGUGCGUAACCGUCUGGACAGGAUUCACUGAGGAUUGUGUUACACCAUUAUCUCUGUGGACUCAGAAGAAUGUGGAGACGGGCACCUGUUCAAACUCAUCUGUUAAGAUACUGUAUGGUAUAUGGAUAAUAAUGAAUGAGCGGAACGCAGUGCCCUGGAAACGCUUUUGGGGGCAAAGGUGAAUGUACCAAACGCUAAAUAAGGCAUAAAGCGAUUUCGCUUCAUCCCUACAGAGAGAAUGAUGCUUUUUUUGAGGAGUUUACUCGAGAAAGUUCUCGAGUGAAUGUUUCUUUGAAGUGCCUGCACGUUAGGUGAAAAUCCACAAAAUGUAAUUUUGUACUUUCUGAGAAGACACUAAAUGGAAAUCCAUCAACGUUUGCAUCUUUACAAAAUGCACUUCCGCAACUGUCCAAGUAGUCUGGAAGGAGCGUUUUUUCCCUAUCGACUGACAAGGAAAAAAAAGACUCGAAAGCGAGAUUCUAUUUAAAUGCACAUUAGCUUUGAAUGCACUGUUGUUCAUUUUAUGAGCUGUAAAUAUUUGUAAAGUAAAACCUAAAGUGCAACGUAUGAAGAAAUGCGAAGCCACAUUUCUUUGUUAAUGUACAUUUAUAAAUGCACUCAAAUCGCUAUAAUUUCUAUUCUAUAAUUAUUUUAUUAUUUGUGAUGUACAGAGUUUCAUGAUAAUCGUGUAUUUCUUACGCUGAUAAAACAAAUUUAAUUUAAAAUGUAUUCAUUAUUGCUGAGGGUGGAAAUACCAUUAUCGAUGUCUACCUCAUAAUUGCAUAGAAUCUACGUUCUGAGGUGCAUUCAGCUAGAGUUUAAGGUUUUUCCCAAAUAUAUAUAAAUAUAUAUACAGUAUAUCAAUGGAUAAUA